AUGUCGACCUACACCCGCCCCCAAUACGCCCCCUACACCACCCCGGGCGUCUACACCGAGCGCAUCCCCUGGCACCAGCGCCCGACCUCGGCGCACCACCGCCCCCUCGGCUCCUUCGCCGACGCGCGCCCCUACACGCCGCCGCACCUGGACUUCGUGAACCUUCGCCGCGAAGCCGAGCACGCGCGCGAGGAGGCGCGCAAGGACGCCGAGUGGCUCGAGUGGCAGGGGCGGAUCGCCACGACGGGGGGACCUCCCACGCCUUCCUCCGCCGGAACGGACGGCGACGGCUACGGCGACCGCGACGCGUGGGGCAAGACCAGCUUGUACGGCGCCGCUUGUGACCUGUUCUACGGUAUCCGACUCGUCCUGUUCGCCUGGAUGGUCGUCUUGACGGACGCGCACAAGCACUACUCCGUCGUCUUCGAUCGCUGGUACUGGCUUCGUCUCACUGCAUACCGACAGAGCCAGUGGCCGCUCGUGCUUCGAUGCGUUCGCUACUGGAUGACGGUCCUACUCUGCGUCGUAGUGGCGGCUUUUGUCGCCAAGCUGAACAUCGACGAGUACCUCGCCUCCGAAUCCGAACCGGCUAUCGUGUAUCGCACUCCGCCAGAGUACCACGUCUGGUCUGUGACGGCGCCCCGAUGUGCGCCAGACUGUUGCAAUCGUUCGAAGGCUACUUGGGUUCACGGACUGGAGAAUUAG